AUUUGAGACGCAAACAGCAAGCAACAUGAGAGAGAAAAAGAAAUCUUUAGAAAAAAAACAUCUUAAAAAAGACGCCGUUUUUUAAUUUCUUUAGCGAGUAAUUUGAACUUUUCCGCAUGCUUAUUUUCGCUUCUGGGCUACUUCUGACAGUGUUAGAAUGCUCGUGAAAUACUUAAAUAAUUAAAACGUUCUUUUAAAAUGUUUGCAAAAUUUAGAAUGCCAAUCGUUAAAGAAAUUAAAAAACAACGUCUUUUUUAGGAUAUUUUUAGGACAUCUCAAAGAUGCCUUUUUUAAGAGUAGUUCACAUGUAUGUGACAUGCGCAUGUGUGCGGUAUUCCCUCUCUCAUGCUGCUUGCAUCUCAAAUCUGGCGUUACCGCGGUUGCUGUGGCGCUGCGACGCAACGUGCGAGCGUAUCAACGUAUUAUGGUCAGUUUCCCCUUCCCGCUUAUUAAAUAAUAAAUUUAAAAACAGUCAGAUCGAGAACAUCGCCUCAUGUUAACUGGUACGUAAGUUCGUCCGUACGAACAUGUUUAAUACAGUUUAUAACAUUUGAUUUAUUUCGCCGUAGCGAUCGAGAAAAAUCCCUUCAUUCACAUGGUUUUAAUAUAAACAAGCGUGCACCUUUGUUUAUCAUGAUGAGUGAUUCCGACGACUCUGACAUUUUGGCUGAUAUCCAGGCCUUGGAUCGAGUUCUGACCACGACUUCACAGGAAAAUGUACAAUAUCCUAGUAGCAGUAAAGUGCAAUUUGAUAAUGUUUACUCGACAGAGAUUGAUUCGGAUGUUGAGAGCGACAACUUCUCCAACUUUGUUAAAGAGAAUUGUGAUGCCAACAUAAACUCUCUUAACGCUUUUGAAAUUAACAUGAAAUUGAUAACAGGUUUGACGAUAGUCAAGAACAAAUUUAGUGUCAUGCUGCGACAGUGUGAAGAAAAGAUAAAGCAAUUAGACCAAGAGCUAGAAAACAGCAGUAAAGAAAGCAAUAGAUGUUCUAAAUUGCCAAUCAGCCAUGCUGGUAUGCCAUAUUUCAAGGACAAGGAUUACUUUUAUGUUCCUAAAAAUUCUGACACAAUAUUAAAAGAAGCACGUGGUGAAUUAUUUGUUGUAUAUAUGCAGAAACCAAGUCGUUGGUCAGAUAAGGAUAGACAAACUCUUCUAAGGGCUGUGCAUAAUGAAGCAUUCGAAUCAGUUCUAUCCAGAGGAUUUGACAAACAAGUAGAUAGUAGAAAGUCCAAACGUAAAGAAAACAACCAAGCUGAGGAAGCCAAGUUGGUGCUUCCCAGAAAUUUUAAUGAAAUGGUAGGAGCAUUAGGCGAGAGAGAAUUUGACUGGCUUAAAAUUUCGAAUGUGGAUUUUGAUAAUAAACAUUCCGCGGGUGAAUGUCGGGCUAUGUGGAACGUCUACCUGCAUCCGGAUAUCAGGAAAACCGAAUGGACAGCCGCGGAGGACAAGAAACUGAUAAAAUAUGCUAAGUUAUGUAAAUAUCAAGAUUGGGACACUAUCACGCAGAAACUGGGAACGAAUCGCAGCGCUUACCAAUGUUUCAUUAGAUAUAAUACUAUCAAGGCAGUGCCAUCCUCCGGACUUACCUGGACGAAGCAGGAAGACAAGCAUCUCCUAAGAGUCAUAGAGACACUCAGGGUCGGAAAUUACAUCCCUUGGUUUGAAGUUGCAAAUUACUUGCGGCACAGAACUAAGCAGCAAAUUUACACACGAUGGAUAUACAGGACAGCGCCGCAUUUGAAGAAGGGUAGAUUUACCUUAGCGGAAACGCAGCAACUUUUUUGUGCAAUAAAAAAGUACGGCAAGGACUUUCGUAAAAUCGCGCACGUUGUGAUGCCGAAUCGAACUUCCUCACAACUCAUCAAUCGUUACAACACAAUAAUCACGAAGGCGAAUGGCAGGAAUUUAUGGACAGCGGAGACCGACAUGCAAUUGAUUCAGCUGCACAAAAAGCACGGUAACAACUGGUCCUAUAUAGCCAAGUAUUUUUCUGGCAAAACAAGAACACAGGUGAGACAUCGGUUUAAUGCGAUACUAAAAUACGUGCAGAGAGGUAUUUCCAUAGACAACAUACCUAGAGCAUCUGCCCCUAAAAAAGUGCGUUACAAGAAAUCUGAACACAGCACCAUGUCAGAAUAUAACAAAAAGAUAUUAAUGGAAAAACUUCUUGAGAAAGCCAAGCAUCGUACUGUAGACACUAAUGAUAUUGAGCCGAGACUGUACGAAACUCUUGUGUUUCCACCUUCGUCGGAAUCCGCUACUCAGGAAGAACCUUAUAACUUUAAAUUACUUGCACGUGAAACUAGAAAGUUAUACAAUACAUUGGAAUUAUUAGGCGCUAAGCUUGAUAUUCCUAUGGAUUUUCUAAAUUAUAUGCACCUAAAUAAAAGAGACAAAGAACUCGUGACUUCUUUAAAAGAAUAUAUAAAUAUUAAAAAUAAUAAAACGCAGAAUAGCAAUGUGAUAGAAGAAUUUAGAACGCGAAUGUUUGGCCCUGAACUGACAGUUGAUGAAACUUCUCGCUUUAUACCGCCACUUCCGUUUAACGGAUACGUAAGACAGACAAAAAAAGUAAGAAAAAAGGACAAAGUUAUAGAUUGCAACUUAGGGGACGAUAAACAUCUUAUUACCGAUGUACCUGUAGAAUUUUUUCCGUGUACGCUUUCAUUGUCUUUUCUUAGUUUCGAGGAAAGAAUUCAAUUUGAUAAAUUUAGUCAGUUCUUCGCGAAUGAUUAUCACGAGAAGCGAAAUGUAAAUUUACACAAAUCAUUACAAUGCAACUCCUCUUUCGAUGGAUCAAGGAGUUCAUUAUCAAGACGUAGCAAAUCAAAUACGAAUUCGAAAGUAAGUUCAAGAAGUUGCACACAAGUACAACAAUCAGAUAACUUAGAAGAAACCAUCAGUACUGAAUACGAUGAAAAUGAAGAAAAUACGUGGGAUAAUAUAAUUCUGCCAAACAACGCAACUUUAUUAGGUUGGAAAAACUUGCUUGUUUGGAAAUUGUUGUACGAAUGUGAAAAUGAAUUUGACGCAUCCGAUGAAUCUAACGAAUUGUCAUCGGAGAAACAAUCGGAAGAACGUGCUGAAUCUGAAGACGAAUGUGAAAGUGCUGAAUACCAGCUGCUACGAACGCGCCUCUUAAAAUUAUUCAAAUUUCCUGUAGGUUUGUCAAACACUAUAUUAGAAAUAACUAAACCAGACAUAUUUUUAACAAACGAGGAACAGCAUCCCGUUCAUGAAAACACUUCAAGAAAAAGAAAAUUUGUUAAACGUGUAUCCAAGAGAAAAAAGGUAAAAAAUAACGAUGUCUUUUGAAAGCGAUUUUCAAUUAAAGUCAAUCUUAAUCAGAAAAUCAUUCUAAUUUAAAUCUCGCAAGAUAUCGAACACACAAAUGUAAAAAAUUACAUUUAUUUAUGUGUAAACAUUACAU